AGAUCAAGUACUCGAAGGAAUUAUACCAGGAACUACGACCAAGGGUCUGGGUCGACCGUACAUCGCAAAAGGAUUGAUGGUAGGCCCUAUUAACAUUAUUUUAGACGGAGAUUGUGAGCUGUUUAAAUCAGGGGCAGAUCCAGAGAAAAAUCUGUGUAAGAGACAUGUGACAUGCGCAGCCCCGAGUAGGGGACCAGGCGAAGUUCAAAGCGAUAAACCAAGUUCCCAAGUCGCGUCUCCCUACGGAAACAUCCUAUUGGUUCGAGCUGCUGCAACACGAGAGAUGUAGGAGGCAAGAUACAAUCACAAUCAAACCCGGAUGUUGUAUUCUAUAGCAGCAAGACUAUAUAACUGUGGAAAAUUACAAAGGGAAAUUAUCGUGAGCACAUUCCUGUACAUACCGUAGGUUACCUAACGCGGGCGGAGGUCGUUGAUGAUGUGAUUAAUGUUAUGCUGGUUGGUGAUGCGAUCAAAUGGUACCACCGUACUCUUAAUGCAUAGGGCUUAUAAAUCUAGGCCUAUAGGCUACUUCAGAAGUUGAACUUUGAAGAUCCGGGUUAAGGACAAGAUAAAUUAGUAGCUAUGGAAACAGGAUUGGAUUUGCUCCGUUCACAAAGGAUGAAAGAACGCCACCUUCUGCUUGGUACUCAGCAAUCGGGAGAAUUCGUAAAUAUACAUGUUUCUACAAGUCCACUUCCCCGUGUUUCCCGUAUUACACGGGAACAGACGGUUAUGAUGCAAGUUGCGCGUAGUUUUAAUGUCAAAGAUGGACAACUAAGCAGCGUCCUGGCGUGCGGCAACCCAGCAGAAGAGCGCCGUCUGGCAGCUCAACUCCAGAAAAUUGAACACGAAAAAAAGAGAAGAGAAUCUACGCUAGCGUGGAAUCAAAGGAAUUUCUUCAUUAAGCAGGUGUUUGAUCAAGAUAACGAGCUACGAUUUGUAAAAGCUUACGAGCGGCCAUCAUACCUCUCAUUGAGUGCUGUUGAAGACGAAUUUGAAGAAACAAUUUCUCUUAAACCUAAAUCAAGAUCACUGGAUUUAGGAAAAAGCUUGCCGCAUGGAGCAAAGUUCAGAAAAAAUUUCCUCAGACGGUCAAAGACAGAGGGCUCACUUCUGAUCCAUCGGAAAGACACAGAAGAACCAGAGAAUCAAUUUGAUAUCUUGCGAAGUGAUACAAACAUAGGGGAAGAAAAAUCAAAUCAGAAUGGUGAAAACAAGUCAAUCACCGACUUGCCGAAACUUCCUAUAGAGUGUGAAAACGUUGAGAAUUCGACAGCAGUGGACAUUAAUGCGAAAAAUAAGCCGGAUAUUUCCAAAGCAAAGGUUAAGUUUCCAUUAUUGAAGGUUCGAGCUUUGGGUAUUUUUGCAGCUUCUUUCAGACGUAAUGAAAGCGAUUCACUGGCAUUUAAAGGCAACAUCCACUUACCUUCACCAACAGCAGGAGUCUACCAUACGCAUCACAGUAGUGCAGAUAGUUCCUCGAAUUCAGGCCAAUCAGUUAAACAUGGUACAGAUAAUGUCAAAGAAAAAGGUUUUGAUAAAGAAAAUGAAAAACGGUUGUCAAAUAAUUUAAAAAAGAAAGCCCACUCAAUGGACCCAUACGAGGGCGAUAAAGCAAAUAAAUCUUUGGUAAACGGAAGGUUCAGUCAAAGAAAGGAAGAAACGAGGCCUAUACACUGUAGUAAUGGUGAAGAACUCGAUAGAAAAGAUAAAUCUAAUGACUUAGUCUCUAACGGCAACAGAUACUCAAAGACCACCGAAUAUAAAUUAAAAUAUAUAGGUUUAAGCACCCUGAACAUGGAUAGAAAUGAAGGUAUACAUAAAGGUUCAAAAGAUAAGUCACGUGAUAUGCUGAGCAGACGUAGGCAGCAAGAAAAAGCAGUAGCUUUGUAUGACCAAGAGAACGAUGGAAAAAGUAUAAUAUUACAGCAAGAAAAAGUUCUUCGAAAACUUGUGAGCACUUUACCAACUCACUUACUCCUAAAGACUCACAAGCGAGAAAAAGAGGCAGGCGGAAUAUCGACAGAUGACGUAAGGAGAAGAAUGAUAGACAAGGCGCGGGCGGGAAUGUCACGAAGCGUUCUAAAGGAUCCGCGAUUUAAAGACUUGGAAGAUUUUUUGAAUGCUGGAAAAAAUGCAACGUACAAUCCAAAUCCCUUUUCGGGUGAAAUUUUAACCGAUGAUGAUGAUUGAAAAAUUUCUUUGAUGCCUAACGGGAUAAAUCAAUGAUAAUGUUUAAUACCAAUAUAGCCUCGUGAAACAGUUCAUACUUCAAUCAGUGUUUUUUGUUUAUUAAUUUAAAAAAAAAACCCCUUUAAAAUAGGAUUGUUAUUGUUGCUACUGUAUUAUCAUUAGCGUUGUCCUUAGCAUUAGGCCUAUAUCAUUAUCACUGUCAUUGCCAUACAUCAUUAUCAUUGUAUAUCGUUAUUCAUUUAGUAUCGAUGAGAAAAACAACACCAGAAUACCGAAUAAUAAUUAUAUAACUAUCUAUAGAAAGAGACAGAAAAAUAUUGGCAAUUCAACCAGCAUUCCAGUAGUUUGCUAUAAUAUCAUUUAGUGCGUCAAUCGGGAUAUUUUUCAGUAUAGAUAGCAUUCAGUAUUCAGUGUUUCGUACUCUACCGACUCCUUGAGACCAAUAACACUCGUAUUUGGUGCAGCAGCUUCAUUGCAAUCGACUGUUGUUAAAGUUGCACAAACCCAUUUGUAGAGAAACAUGGAGUAUGCGGCCGUUGUAAACUUGUAUAUUCGUGGUAUAUGCGCUGUUUGUUGAUCUAACUAUUGAAUAACACCUUCUGAUUUAAUCAAAGAGAUAGAACAAGAGAGCCAACUACGCUCAUUUGAGAGCGUAAAAACGAUACGCCAUACGCAGCUAGUGUAGGACGCCAACUAACGCUUGUGUGCACUUUUUAUUACCCAGUAGGCGUAUUCGACUGGUCCUUUUCCGAGGAGUGAUUUACUACUCAGAGUGUGCUCGCGGUGCUCGUUAAAAAAAACAGCGAGGAGUUCGAGCCGCUCUUGUGAGGUAUUCGUGCUGCUCGUGCGACCAGUCGAAUACGACAUGUGCAUUUUAAGUAGAAAGAGCUGCUCAAAACAGACCAGUAGAAUACGCCUAUUACUCCACCGCGCACGGUCGGUUUGUCUGUUUAUCUGUUCUCCACAAGAGAGAGUACUUUUGUUUUCUUCAUAGAGCUAUUAUUCUUCGCUAUGGUUUUCUUCCAAAGAUCUUAUACACAC